AUGAUGCUGAGAUUGCGGCGUGCAGCCUUGGUGCGACAUCAAGUGCGAAAGUACGUGCGCGAUCCACAGCAGGCUGUGGAGGAGGCAAGUACGGUGCGCGGCUAUCGCCUCGCUCAGCAACGCCUCGAAAAACAGGUGCCGCCGCCGCCGCCUCCGCCUCGCUCUAAAUGGGAGCAGGCAUGGAGGACAUGGCGCGCGACGCCACUCAAGUGGCAGCCCCUCCCCAUCAUGGUAGGAGCAUGUGUAUUAGUCGCAGUUCAGGCGCAUCGUACAUAUUCACAUUCGCGCCAAGAGAAGGUCGUUGACCGAGAUCAUUCAUAUCCGGUUCGAGAGGAUGGACCCUGGACCAUGUACAUUCUGGGUGCCUUACCACUGAAUAGCAUUAGCCGCACAUGGGGCCGCCUCAACAGCAUGCCUCUGCCAGUAUGGUUCCGACCUUACGGAUUUCGUCUGUAUGCUUGGCUCUUUGGAUGCAACCUCGACGAGAUUCGUGAGAAAGACCUGACGAAGUAUGCCAGUCUCGCAGAAUUUUUCGUGCGUGAACUUAGCCCUGGCGCCCGGCCCAUCGAUCCUCAUGCCCUCCUUGUCUCGCCGGCCGAUGGUAAGGUGCUGCACAUGGGAGUCGUUCAGGGAGACCGCGUUGAGCAAGUCAAAGGGCUGACGUAUUCACUACGCUCGCUGCUGGGAUACGAUUCAGAAGCACAUACGCAGCAAGACCCAGAAUUGGGCUCAUCCCGCAAUAUGAGUGUCGCAGCUGAGCGCCGUUUUGCGAAGCUCAAUGGUAUUGACUACAGUCUGACGCAACUCCUUGGCAAAGACAGCCAUAUGCACCGCGCAAGUACCUAUGCCAUGGGUUGGAUUCGCGGUGCUUGGCGCUGGUGCAAGCAUUUAGUGAUGUGGAAGGCGCCAGCCUACAAGACUUUGCCGAUUCACCAGGCUUCGGCCGCUGAGGUAGCGGCUGACACGGCAGAAGAGGCCUUGGAACCCGAACAAGGCGAUGUGGGUAUCCCAACAUCCGAUACGCCGACCAACAUCGGCCAUUAUGCUACUGUGGCCUACCAAAUGGGACCAGAGGCAUUGCCUCAUUUUCAGAGUGAAUGGCACGUUUCGCCAGGUAAUCGCCUGUUUUUCUGCGUCAUAUACCUUGCCCCUGGCGACUACCAUCGCUUUCACAGUCCCGUGCCAUGGGUUGUGGAGUUACGGCGUCAUUUCCGGGGUGAACUGUACUCGGUGUCCCCGUAUGUUGCGACGCGCCUGCCCAACCUAUUUGUCAUGAACGAGCGUGUCGCACUCUUGGGUCGCUGGCGCCAUGGCUUGUUUAGCAUGACGCCGAUUGGUGCCACCAAUGUCGGAUCAAUUCAGAUUCAUUUUGAUCGACAACUGCGUACGAAUUUGCACGGUACGAAGCAGUUCCAUGGGACGUAUGAUGAGGCGACAUACAACGCCGCAAGUCGCAUCCUGGGCGGCCAGCCGCUCGCUGCAGGCGACGAAAUGGGGGCAUUCCUGCUUGGCAGUACGGUUGUUCUUGUAUUUGAGGCGCCGGAGCACUUCCGCUUUGUUCGUGCCGCCGGUGAUAAGAUCAAAGUCGGUGAGGCUCUCGGUCAUGCUUCUUAG